GGGUGAACCAUUAUUCCAAUUCCAAUCUUAUUAUUUCCAUAUGGUAUCAGAAGCCCUACUUUUCCCUAGACCUUAUAAUCACAGUUUUUUUCCCUCAUGGCGCAGCCCUCCGCUUCUGCUUCUUCGUCGAUCACUUCAGCGGCGCCCAACAGCAACAUGGUGCAGCCCUCCUUUACUACAGCGACGUCUUCUUCUAUUGUCAGUGCCUCUCCCAUGGUGCUGUCUCUUACUCAGGGUCUACACAUACCUCCAGAGCAGUCCAAUGGUUUUACAUCACCGAUCAUUAAUCGGCCUCGUUCGACGAAUGGAGUCUCUCUGCCGCCGUCUCUUUCAUCAUACCGAAUGUUCAACAUGCCGGAGCCUUUUCAUGUGGAAUUCCAAGCCUGCUGCGGAUGCUACUUUCUCUUCCACAACGGUCCAGCCUUCUCCUUCACCUAGUGCACUGUCUGCCUUGGAUCAGCAACUUCCUCCACCACCGUUUUUUGCUAGCUCCACAUUUACUGGCCAGUCUGGUACGGCUCCACUGCAGCCUUCUUUUUCACAGAUUCCAGGAAUAUGAAUCCUUGCUUACAAUUAUCGAUUAUCUUCCGGGGGACCUCACUCUUCAAAAGUUGUGUCCUAUAUUGGUUGCUCAAGAACAACGGAACAUUUAUCUUCGCUCUCAGUAGCCUUCGGUGUCGCACCAGGCCUUUGCCGCGGCCCCAAACCGAGGGGGUGCAGCUCGUGGCCAGGCUAGGCGUCAUCUUGGAGGUCGUGGAAUCAGAGGUGGUCAGCGCGGUCGUGGGCAUCAAGGCCGCAGUCGCGGCUAUGGGGGUCAGUCGCAUCCAUCUUAUGGCGGCCAGCAGGUGUAUAAUGGGCAGCCGCCUCUUCUUCCCUUACCAUCUUACGGGUAGCAACUUUCUGGGCAGCAGGUGUAUGGAGGACAGCCCGCUCGUGGUCCACCGCAAAAUGGGGUUCCAUGUAUAGUUUUAAGUAAUAUUUUGACUAGUUAUUCAUACUUUAAUCAUCUGUCUACUUGUGGUACUAAUAGUGUCAGUGCAGGUUUUCCAUCUGUGGACAAUUCUUUUAAUCAUUCAUCUCCACCAGUUGUUUGCCAAAUCUGUUUCUCCCCAGGUCACUCUGCUCUCACGUGUCCAAGAUUUGUUGGUUCCUCUACUCCGGCUCUGGCAGCUCUUCCCUCAGGCGAGACUAAUGCUUCUGUGUGGUAUCCUGAUUCAGGUGCCUCCGCUCAUAUGACUCCUCAUGAAGGACAAUCAGACAGGGGUGCAUCUACUUCAGGGCUCCAAUAAAGACCAUCUCUAUCCUUUCCAUGCUCUUCAAGCGACCCUAGUUCCUGGACCUACCUGGCACAAACGUUUGGGACACUGUGAUGAGAGAGUUUUACAACGACUUCGGCAAAAUAAAUUAAUUUCAAAUUCUAGUAGUUUUCUUCAUAACCGUGUUUCUUAUAAGUUGGGAAAAUCCCACAGACUCCCGUUUUUAGAUGUCAUUCAUAGUUGUACUGUGCCACUUGAACUUAUUCACUCUGAUGUUUGGCAGUCGCCUAUUUUAUCCAAUUUGGGCUUUAAAUACUAUGUAUGUUUCAUUGAUGAUUUUUCUCGCUAUACUUGGAUUUAUCAUAUGCGGCGUAAGUCUGAGGUGUUUACCCAUUUUUGUAAUUUCCAAACACUUGUGGAAAAUCUUUUUAAUCGAAAAAUCAAGACUUUUCAGAAUGACGGGGGUGGUGAAUUUGAUAAUACCAUUUUUCAAAAUCAUUUUUUUAAAUCCGAUAUUUUAUUCAAAAAAUCUUGCUCGGAUACUCCUGCUCAAAAUGGUGUAGCUGAGCGCAAACACAGGCGUCUUCUUGAAUUAACUAGGACUUUGUUGAUUGAAUCUUCAAUUCCUCCUACUUUUUGGGUUGAUGCUCUGUAUACAGCAACUUAUAUUAUUAAUCGUUUACCUACCCUCAUACUUAAUAAUUUAACUCCUUUUGACAAACUUUUUAAUAAAUCUCCUGAUUUUUCAUUUCUUCGUGUUUUUGGGUGUGCCUGUUUUCCUAACUUUGUUGCCAAGUCUUCGAAUAAGCUCUCACCUCGCUCUAUUCAAUGUGUCUUUCUUGGAUAUGCCCCGGGUUAUAAGGGUUACAGAUGUCUAGAUCCCGUUUCCGGUCGGGUUUAUGUUAGUAGAGAUGUUCAUUUUUUUUGAAAAUGAUUUUCCUUACUCUAGGCUCGUUCAGUCCUCUCAAACCUCUCUACCGGCUCCUGCUAACUCCUCCAACUGACCUCUUAAUUUUUCUUCCCCUACGUCCAGUACUCUUUCACCCGACAUCCAUGUUUUAGCACCUACACCCAUGCCCAUUAAUAAAGCCAGUACUCCAUCUCCCUUUAUCAUCCAUCACAAUGCCCCAAAUCCCUCCUACUCCAGCCCCACAUCCACUGAUACGGACAACUCCACACCCACCGAACCCAUUAGCCUGACAUCAACCGAACCAGUCAGCUCGACAACCAGCCCCACAAUCAGUUCUAAAUCCAGCCCGAUAACCAGCCCCACUCUUAGUCCAGUAUCCAUUUCGGCGCCCCAUUCCUCCUCACACUCUCCACCGUUAGCUAACCAUCGCCCCAUGCAAACUAGAGCCAAGGGUGGUAUUUAUAAGCCCAAACAAAUUUUUAAUUUAAGUGCUUUUUCACCCCCGGUUGAUCCUACGUGUUUUACUGAAGCUCAAAAACAUUUUUUUGGCGGGCUGCCAUGACAGAUGAAUUUAAUGCUCUCCUUUCUAAUCAGACUUGGGAUUUGGUACCUUGGGAUGACAUGAAAAAUGUGGUCGAUUGUAAGUGGGUUUACAAGACAAAAUAUAAUUCCGAUGGGUCCGUUGAGCGCCACAAGGCGCGUUUAGUUGCCUAGGGGUUUAAGCAACAGGUCGGUGUAGAUUUUACUGAAAUUUUUAGUCCUGUUGUCAAACCAACCACUGUUCGUCUUGUGUUAUCUAUUGCUGUUUCUCUUGGUUGGUAUAUUCAUCAGCUAGAUGUUAAAAAUGCUUUCCUUCAUGGUAGUCUUACAGAAGAGGUGUACAUGCGUCAGCCUCAAGGUUUUGAUCAUCCUUCCUUUCCUCAUCAUGUGUGUCGCCUCAAAAAGGCGUUAUAUGGUCUUAAACAGGCUCCUAGAGCUUGGUUUCACAGGUUUAACGGUUUUCUUUUGUCUCGUGGUUUCUCUCAAAGUAAGUUUGAUUCUUCCAUGUUUGUUCUUCGUCAGCAGUCUCAGGUUGUUUAUAUUCUGCUAUAUGUGGAUGAUAUUUUAAUCACUGGCUCAUCAUUAUCUUUUGUUCGGUCGAUAAUUGAUUCUCUCUCUACUCAUUUUGCCAUGAAAGACUUGGGUGAUAUUCAUUUUUUCUUGGGUCUUCAGGCUUGGCGUACGUCUACAUGUCUGUUUCUCUCUCAACAAAAAUAUAUUUCUGAUUUAUUACACCGAUUUCACCUACAUACUGUCAAGCCUGUUCGUACCCCUCUACCAUCGCGCACCUCUCUCUCUCUCACAAAUGGCGAACUUCUCACUGAUGGUACUGAGUACCGUAGUAUGGUGGGUGCGUUACAGUAUUUGACUUUAACUAGACCUGAUAUUACUUAUGCUGUACAUUUGGUUUCUCAGUUUAUGCAUGCACCACGUACUACUCACCUUUUGGCUGUGAAGCGUAUUUACAGAUAUUUGCAGGGCACUACAGAUUAUGGUUUAUGGCUUCAGGCUAAUCGUGACAUCUCGUUCAUUGUGGCCUAUUCCAAUGCUCAUUGGGCAGGUUGUCCAGACAACAGUCGCUCUACAACUGGGUAUGCAAUUUUUCUGGGUCCUAAUCUUGUCUCAUGGCGAUCCAGAAAGCAACCCACUGUUUCCAAAUCCUCCACUGAAGCCGAGUAUCGUGCCAUAGCCUACACUGUCCAAGAUACUAUUUUCAUUCGCUCACUUCUGGCCGAGAUGGGUCUUCGCCUCUCCACGCCUGUUCAGCUUCAUUGUGAUAACGUGUCCGCCUCAAGAUUGACUGUCAUUUUGUCAGAGAACGAGUUGCUCAUGGAGAUCUGGUGGUCAAAUAUGUUCCCACUCACUUGCAGUUAGCUGACAUUUUUACUAAAAAUUUAUCUAGUCAGCGUUUAGAAUUUUUACGUUUCAAUCUGCGCGUUGUAUCUCAUGCAUAGAUUGAGGGGGUGUAAUAAUCUAUAGUAUUGGGACUUUGUUGUAAUUUACACAUUCUCUACUUAUUAUAUAUAGACCACCAAGACACCCUGGUGAACCAUUAUUCCAAUCUUAUUAUUUCAU